AUGACAAAUCGCUAUUAUGUAGAUCGGGAAAAUUAUGGGCCCGAAUUCGCACGUUUCUUGCAGACAAAAUGGAAAAAUAUACGUUAUAAUUAUCUACAAGAAUUAAAGAGCCCAGAAACAGGACAACAUAAUGCCAAUAUACGUAAAAGAAGAUUUACAGAAGACUUAUCAUUUUUAAAGCAAGCUGCACUGGGUUAUACUCCAAAGCGGGAGAAGAGUAUUAGCGGCCAGAAAACGAAUUACAGCAGUUCAGAUGCGGAUAGUAAUAGUCAUAUAUUCCCUGAUAAUUAUAUGGCAGCCCAUUUUAAAUUUGAGGUAAUAGAGAUUGAACAUAGCGAUGAAGAAGGUGAAGAGUUUUCGGAUUCUAAACCAUUUACGUGUUGA